AGAAGGUGGAAUAGUGUGACUGAGCGCGUGCGGGACUCUCCUGGUGGAAGUCGAGUGAUAUCGUCCAGCUUUCAUUACAGUCUGCAACAUGGAGGAAUUAAGUAGUUGACGUUUCUUGUAACCGACUCUUUUUAAGCUUUCUUCCGUCUGAUCAUUGUGCCCUCAAUCAAAGUGAGCCGUCCUGUCCGCGCUCUUCGUUUUCGACAGCUAGGCAGCUGCAUAAUUCCUGCGUAAAGAUGAAGUACGUUAUCGGCGUCGGCGGAGUUACAAACGGAGGAAAAACCACCCUCACGGAUAAACUAAUCAAGAAUUUGCCCAACUGUUGUGUCGUUCAUCAGGAUGACUUCUUCAAGCCCCAAGAUCAGAUUGAAGUUGGUGAAGAUGGCUUUAAGCAGUAUGAUGUGAUCACUGCUUUGGACAUGGAUGCCAUGAUGAGCACCAUCUACGCUUGGCUUGAGAACCCAGUGAAGUUUGAGCGUUCCCAUGGCAUCAACAACACUUUGGAUACGGAGAUGGCGCUGGAGUCGGAGCACGAUGACGAAGGUGUCCAUGUCCUUAUCGUGGAGGGCUUUCUGCUCUACACCUACAGACCUUUGAUCGACGUAUUGAACCAACGUUAUUUCAUCUCCAUCCCAUAUGAAGAAUGCAAAAAGAGGAGGGGUGCAAGGAACUAUUUGGUGCCAGACCCUCCUGGUCUCUUUGAUGGCCACGUCUGGCCCAUGUACGUGAAACACAAGAAACGCAUGGAGGAUAGUGGUGUUGAUGUUGUGCAGCUAGAUGGAACAAGGUCAAAGGAGGAACUGUAUACUACUGUCUUCGGAGAGGUGCAGAACAUCAUCCAUAAGCAUUAAACAAAGGUCCGGUGAUCUGAGAUGGUGGAGCAUGCAUUUUAUACACAUUUAUAUUGCAAUGUGCUGAUGUGGCAGCACAAUUUAUGUCAUACAUAGUCAGCUAAGAGUUUUAAAGUUAAAUUAUUUAUCCAAUUACAUUAUAAUGCUGGCAUAGUUUUAUAUCCACCUUUAUUUAUUGCUUUGUCUCCAACUGUCUAGAGCUAGAUUGAGUUAAAUGUUUGGAAGAUCGUUUCAGCUAGGUGCACUUGUCAAUAAAAAAUUAACCUUCUGAA